GCCAAAACUCCUUAAAAAGAAUUUGGGCAAAAGGUCUACCGAGACCUCCCUCAAUGCUCCAACUGGUUCUCUUCCUGCCACCGCGUUUCUCUCUCUAUUUCUUGAUCCCCCUUUCACUUGAAAGAGCCAUAGAGGAAGAGAAAGAGAGGGAAAAGGUGCCUCUUUUUAUGUUUCCUGGCUAUCGUAUUCUUUGCGGCGGUUGUAUGGUGGUUUGAUUCCGUUUGUUGGCGAGAGGGGGUGCACGGAAGCUAUGUUUAGGUUAAAUAAGCACAGGUCGGAGAGAUUGGGGGAGCGGGCGGAGUUCAAGUUCUCUAAUUUUCAGGCGUUUAAGGUUCCAAAAGGAUGGGAUAAGCUUUAUAUUUCUGUUAUCUCAGUCGAAACUGGAAAGACAAUUGCAAAGUCGAACAAGGCAACGGUACACAGUGGAACCUGCCAAUGGACAGAAAGUUUAUCAGAAUCUAUUCCUAUAUCUCAAGAUGGUGGAUUAAAAAACCGUGGAGAAUGUUUCUUCAAAUUCGUUAUUUCCAUGGGAUCAGUUAAGCCAGGUAUUCUUGGAGAGAUUGUUUUGAAUCUAGCAGAUCAUAUAGAUUCAAGUGAUUCUGGCCCUCUCACCUUGCCAUUAAAUAAAUGCGGAUACGGUACAAUUUUACAGGUGAAGAUUCAGUGCUUUAACCCAAGGACCAGAUUCAGGGGUGGUAAUGCUUUGAGCGCAACAAACUCUCGACUUGAAAGCCCAACUGGUAGCCAUCGCGAUGCGGAUAGUAAGUCGGAUUCAUCUAACACCACAAUUUAUGGAAGUGUGGGAUCAUUUUCUAGUAGCCUAAUGACGGCUGCUGCCUUUCCCAACGGACCUGCAAAACAGGAUGCGAUUUCCUUAGCAUCAGGUUCACAUUCUAGCUCUGACUCAACAGAGAAUUCUCAGGGGACAAAUUUUUCUCCUAAGAACAGUGUAAAUGGCAGCUCACAUAUUGUAAGACAAGAUUCAAGUGAUUCUCAUGCUAGUGCAAGUUCCAGCUUAGGGCCUGCAGAAGGAUCAAAUCCAUCCUCCUUUAAUUCAAGGGCUUUAGGGUCUUCUACUCCACAUCAAUGGCAGGAGUCUACCAUGCAAGCUGCUCCACACAGCCAUGCUUCCCCGUCACUUAGGACGUCUGGCUCUGCGAAAGAACUCCUUGAUGCUGCUGAAGAAACUAUUGAUGAGCUUCGAGAUGAGGCUAAAAUGUGGGAAAGACAUGCUCAGAAGUUGAAAAUUGAUCUUGAAAAAUUGAAAAGGGACUGUUCUUUCAAAUCAAAACAGCAGGCAGAGAUGGAUAUGGAGCUUUCUGCUGCCAACAAUGAGCGUGAUUCUUUAAAGAGGGAAGUUGAUAAACUGAAAUUGUCUUUGGAGAAUUUGAAGGAAAGUCUGGCAGAGAAGGAAGAUUGUAAAACUGAAGGUCUGCUGCAUUCACAGAGGCAACUAGAAGAUGAGUUGAAGUUCCUGAGAGAAUCCAAUAGCACCCUAACAAUGCAGCUAAAUAAAUCUCAAGAAGCAAACCUUGAACUUGUUGCCAUACUUGAAGAACUUGAAGAAACGGUAGAGAAACAAAGAUUGGAGUUAGCAGGCCUUUCCCAAAUUACUUCUAUAUCUGAAAAUGGUGAGGGGAUGAGAGAUCAAACACUAAUGGAUAUCGAGGCAGAGUGGUCAAGCGAGCUCUCUGUGAAAGAAAAAGAAACUAGCAAGUUAGAAGAAAGCCUACAUAAAGAGAAAGAUGCUCCACAGCCCAUGGAGAUAGUAUUGAAUCAAGGAAAUUCUGAUCUGGUGCAAGAAAUUGAAGAUUUAAGGGCUAAAGUGGAGGAGCUGGAGAGGGACUGUACUGAACUUACAGAAGAAAACUUGGAGCUCAUUUAUAAGCUUAAGGAAUCAAAAAAGGAUGCCAACAAGGCAAAAGAGUUUCAUAGCUCUUCAUCCAAUGAUUUCCAUACUCCAAGUUUUCUUGAUAGUUCUGCAUCUGACAUUAGCCAUCUUAAAUAUCAAAUAUGCCAACCAGAAGAGGAGCUUCAAAGGAGGGAUGUGAAUGGAGUUGUUAGUACAGAGCCAUCCAUAUUACAAAUGGAUGAGAUGAAGAAAAAAUGUGCUGAACUUGAGAUUGAACUCCAAUAUUUUAAGAAUCAUGCUUGUGACCUUGAUAUGAGACUUAAUGAAUGCCAAGUGGAAGUAGAAAAGAAAAAAUUACAUUCAACUGAAUGUCAGAUUGAAGCUGCUGAUAGGGGGUAUUCUGAUGCUGCUACAGGACAGGGGCCUGAAAUUAUGAAGUCCAAGAUCUGCGAGGAAAUGCCAAGUAUGCUAUAUGAAAUGGACAAGCAACUUCAGCUUGCAUUAAUUCAUGCAAGAAACCUAAAUGAUGGGCAGAAUACUAUUGCAGAAAAUUGCAAUGAAAUCAUUACUGAUUUUGUGGUUUCUAGUAGAGCAGAUGUAACCAGUCAGGAAAGAUUGAUGGAGGAGGCGCUGAUAGGUAUUAUCAAAUUGAGUUCUUCAUUACAAGCUAAAGUUGUUGAGUGUAAGGAGUUUUUUCAGAACAAGGGAGAAGGUGUUAGGGAGAAAAAAAUGAUCACUACAACAGAUGUGCAUAUCAUAGAAGAUGACAUUAUUAUCAAAGAACUUCAGAGUAAUGAUUUGGCAGAAGAACUGAAGUUGAGAAAUGAGAGGCUUGAGACUGCACUUUUGUUGAAAGAAAAGGAGAUUGAUAAUUUAGAAUCUUCCAUUAAGGAAUUAGAAGAUAUAGUUUCCAACAUCAAAAGUGAGAAGAUUCAGGUGGAGGAAAGUUUAGCAGUUGCACAAAGGGAAAACAUCAUUUCCUCUAAAUGCUUGGAUGAUGUUCGAAAUGAGAUGAUAAUUCUAAGUAGCAGUAUUGAUACUCAUUUGUCUGUAAACAAGAUGCUUGAGAAAAAAUCAUCAGAACUUGAAAUAGGCAAGAGAGAACUGGAAUUACACAUAUCAGAGUUGGAGGUGGAGAAUUUACAAUUAUCUGAACGCAUAGCUGGCUUAGAAGCUCAGUUAAGGUACAUGAGAGAUGAGAAAGAAACCAACAGACUGGAAAUUGAAGAUUAUAAGUCUCACCUAGUGGAUCUCAAGGGUGAAAUAGCACAGGAGCAAGCAGAAAUGGAAACAUUGAAAGCCCAACAUAUAAAAAAGCUCCAAGAAGUUCAAAAAAGAUUAUCUGAAGCACAUGAGGAAUCUGAAGUUCUGAAGAGAUCUCAUUCAAAAUUAGAAUCUAAAGUUGAGAGCCUUACUGAUGAGUGUGAUUUACUAAAGAAACAAGUUGGUGAUUUACGGAGUCAAAAAUUGGAGAUGCGUGAACAGAUGUCUCAUCUUGAGAUUGAGUUAAGGGAUCUACAAAAGAAGAUUGCUGGGCAUCUAAACAAAGUUGAGGUUUUGGAAGAAAAGCUUUCUUUGCUGCAGAGUGAUUUUACUUUGAAGGAAGAAACUUUAGCUUCACAGCUGGAGAGCAUAUUUCAAGAUAAUAAGGAGCAAGAGCAAAAAUUAAGCAAGGAAAAUGUCAUGUUAAAACAGAUCAAUCAAGAACAGAUGGUUGAAGUUGAGAACCUCAAACAAGAAAUUAUUCACCUCUCUACACAGGAUUGCUCAUCCCAAGAUGAACGAGAGAAAAUAGCAGCUGAUGCUGUAAGAGAAGUUUCUAUCUUGCGCUCAAACAAAACUAAGCUUGAGAACAAUCUCCAAGAAGUCCAAUCCAAAGUCAAGUUAUAUGAAACUGAGCUUCAUAAUCUCACACGAGAGUCUAACAACAAGGUUGCAGAGCUAGAAAAAUUGCUAAAUUCAUCCAAGCAUAGUGAGGAAAUGUUGAUGAAUGACAUUGAAAGUAUGCAGAGAAUGACAGAAUCUGUUAAAUCUAGUGAAGAUACCUUCAAAAGAAUGGCUAAUGAACUUGAACUAAAGCUGAAAGCUUCUAAUUAUGAAAAACAGCAAAUAACUGAGGAUGUGUCUGACUUAAAACUUCAACUUCAGAAGGUAACACAAUUUCAAAAUGAAAAUUUGAAUCUCAAGUUCUCUCUUGAAGAGGCAAAAUAUGAAAGAGAGAAACUGGAAGGCCUACUGCUGUCGACAUCUGAAGAAUGUGAAGAAUUAAAGGCAGAUAAAAUGUCAUUUUCAGAUAAGAUCUCACUUUUGCAGAAAUCUUUACAUGAUGCUGAGGAUGAUAGGCGUAGUAGGGUUGCCUUAGAAGAAAAGCUUCUGAGGUUGGAGGCUGAUCUGGCCUCAAGAGAAGCAUCAUAUGCUCAAGAAGCAGGAAUGAAGAAUGAAAUAAGUAGAAUCAAGAGAGUAAAUAGUGAAUAUCAACGAAAGAUACAAGGGCUGGAGGAAGAAAAAGAUGAAAUCAUAAGGAAAGCUUACGAGCUUGAGAAAGAACUAGCUCAAAGAAAAAUGGAAAGGUCCGAGGAGAAAGUAUCAAUUAAGGUCGAAAAUGAACAGCUUGAAAGCAUGGAGGGGCCUCAAGCUCAAACAGAAGCUGCACUAGAGUCUAAGAUCCACUUGCUGCAAAUUGAACUUGCGGAGGCACUAGAGGCAAAUAACACUUAUCAGAAGCAACUUAAUGGAUUUCUGUCCGAGCAACAAAAUACUAAAACAGAAAAUUCCAGUAAAAUCGAUAGUGGGAAUGCUUCAAAGGUCGAUUCAUCUACCAAAAUAUCAUCAUUAGAAACUGAACUAAAGGAGAUGAGGGAGCGCUAUCUCCACAUGAGCCUCCAGUACGCUGAAGUUGAAGCUCAGCGUGAAGAGUUAGUAAUGCAGCUUAAAUCAGCAGCAAAGAAAGAUAAGAAAUGGUUCUCAUGAGAUCUGCAUUGUUCUUCUUAUUAUUAUUAUAAUUAUUUAAUUUGCUAUAAUAAGCUACUCCAAAUUCUUUCUCCACUCUGUGAAUAUACAUAAUUUUGCUCUCUUUUUUUUUUUGCUCAUUCAAAGCAAAGAUUUCUCUAUUUUUUUCCAGUCUUGUAAGCUGACUCUGACGAGAUGUAAGCUGGUAUUUUGGCGACCAACACUUGCAUUUCAAUGUAAAUACUCUCAACAAUCAUAGUUCAUUAAAAUGCAUUUUGUGUGUAAUAUA